AUGAACAGAGACACAGCUAAUUUCCAAGCAACACCAACACUCCACUCGCAGCAUCCCAGCCAAUUACUCAGCUCAUCAACUGGAAGGGCUCCUCUCUCUACUGGCCUACCACACCUCGACAAGGCCCUGAUACCCCCCUUAAACCAUGCUACAAAUACACCUGCCGACGUUCUCCCAGCUGCAUCCCCAUUUGCGCUUCCGGGAUGGACCCAGUUAGGUCCGAGUGCAGCUGGUGCAGAAGGCGGGAAUGGCAAUGUUGAUUCUGGCAGCAAUGGGAAUAGAGACGCUGAAGAGUCACAAACUCCUUUGUCACCGGGUAUUCGCAGAGGUGAAAUCACGGAACUCUCGGGACCACGGGGAUCCGGCAAGACCUCUCUGGCUAUGACUACUGCCGUGAAUGCAUUGAAGCAAGGAGAGACGGUCAUAUGGAUAGACACCGCUGGUCCAAUAUGCAUGUCCAGGUUUGAAAAGAUGCUAUCAAGGGACAGCAACCCCCUCGAAACCCAGGAGCGACUACAAAACCUACUCCAUUUCCAACCUACCACGCUCGCCCACCUGCUGGCCCUGAUAUCCCAUCCUAUCGCUGACUUCCCGCCACCCAACACAGGUCUGAUAGUGGUAGAUUCGAUAUCAUGUCUCUUCGGCUCGGAGUUCCGAUCCAAGCUCCCUGCAAAGCUGGGCAAAGGCAAAGACCUCCCCGGCGCAGGGUCAAGGGCCAACAAGGAGGCGCAGGAGUCCAAACUCUGGUGGAAACUGAUAGGCAGCUUGUCUUCGAACCUCAAUGCUCUUGCGUCUCGGUUCGACUGUGCUGUGAUCGUGGUCAAUGAGAUGGUGACUCGGUUUCGCUCGGGCCAGAAACCGAUGCUGCAUGUUGCGAUAUCGGGGUAUACGUGGGACACGAGCGUGGCUACGCGGGUGAUAUUGUAUUGGCAUUGGCUGGAUGCUGGUGUCGGUGAGAAGUUUGGUAUGGCGCGGAUCAGGAUUGCGGAGGUGUUUAGGGCGGGCAAGAAGGCUGUUUUGCCCCGGGCCGUGGAGAGGAUUGUUCCAUUCCUUGUAGAGGAUGAGGGCCUGGCUGAGUUUAUGAGGCUGCCGAUUAGCUUGGGUGGUACAAGGGGCACGGUGACGCCUGUGACUGCGAAAAGGAAGCUUGACGGGGAUGAGCUUCUUGGAGCUCAACUCCCUCGUCGGCCUAAGAUUGAGCAUGAUAGUGAGGAAGAAUACGAGGAGGAAGAGGAGGAGAGCGCAGAAGAGAAGAAGAAGAAGCCAGAGGAGAAACCGGCUGAAGCUGUGCUGGCGAGUACGAGUCUACCUGCUGAGAUUAUGGACAGCCAGGACGAGGAGGAAGAUGAGGAGUGGUUGGAGGCUGUUGAUCUACAGUCUACAGAGCCAGACACCCAGCAAGAGGAGGACGAUACAGAGCAAUUGCUCCGGAGCAUGGUUGAGGGUGACGUCUAG